GCUCCAGAUCACUCACUGAUUCUCAAACGAACUUGGUGAGUCUUGUAAGUAUUGUAAGCAAGAUGACAGAAAUAUGAAGAAUUAUACAAGCUAACGUUAUGAUUUGGGAAGUGACUUGGAAAAUGCUCGUGCACAAAAUGAAAAUUUUCAACUAGUAAGGCCUCGUUGGGGAACAGGCUAUUUUAGUAAUUUUUUUGCUUUUUGACUAAAAUAUGAGGUAAAAAAAAUUAGUAUGUUUGGAAUUACUUUUGAUUUUUAUGAAAAGAUAUGCAAAAAGUAGAUAGAAAAAGGAAUCUUUGAUUUUUUGGUAUAGGUUAUAAACUUUUUGAUUGUUUUAGUAAUUUUUUGGCUUUUAGACUAACACUCUCACAUGCCAAACGUGGCCUUAUUUUUUUUUUCUUUCCUCAUUCUGCUUUUUGAUGUUUAAUGUUAAUUUUUUUUACAAUUGAUAGGUGGAAAAUAGGAGAAAGAUAAGUUACAUUGCAUGGUAGUGAGAAUUAAAUCAGGACAUCAUGUCCAUGAGGGCUCAUCCAAAAGCCAACCCAUUGGAUGAUAAGAGGCAUGUUAACAAUUGGGAAUAUUCCAGGAGACGUUACAACUUAUAUGUUGAUUUCAGCUUCUGAGUCAUGAGUUGUCACAUGUUUGGGUUUUUAAAACUCGUAUUUUUUUUAACCUUAAAAGUGGACUGAUACGUCUUUCAGUGAGGGUGUUUUGGUUAUAUUAAUUUAGGUAUUACUGAUAGCUAUUGGAAUGAAUAAAUUCUUUAUAAUGUGAAUGCUUUCAUGCUUUUAACAGUUGCAGCGGCAGAGAGAAAGCAAAGGACAAGAAUAAAAAAUGCAUUGCAUGAGCUAGGUGGAAUUUUCAUCCAUCUGAAUCUUCAAUGAAGUUGUGUGAGGUGCUAGGGGUGUCUGAUGCAGGCAUCUGUUAAAGUACAUUUAUCUAAUUCUCAAGCUAAGGAUAUACUAAGACACCUAGAUUUCAUAUUUCUUAAAUCCUCUUUAUUUUUGAAGUGUAAAAUAAUAUUUACAUUAAAAUAUAACAUUUUAGUUAUGUGGUAGACUCGUUAUACACGCUUGGGUGGGUGUAUGCACAUUUAGGCAAUAUCAAACACAUAUCUCAGACUAUUACUUAACUGUGAAAGUGUCCGACGAAACUUGCCAAAAUAUUUUACAAAUUUGAAAGAGUCCUUAAAACUUAGUCCAUGAUUCUUGAAAAACACCACUGCUGAGGACAUGACAAUCCCAUCUCAUCUGUUUGUAAUUGCCGCCCCCCUAAUUCCAGUGAUUACUUACAUCCAAUGGCUUAUUAUUUAACUCUUAGGGACGAUCAAUGUCAUUAUGGUACAAAUUAUCCUUGUGAAGUCCGCCAUUUGGCAAAAUAACAAAUUCCCCACCAUAAUAUGAACAUUGGGAUAUUCUCCUCCUUCCACAAUCACAAGCACUCUGAACAAAUAGUACUAGAACUCUCACUUCCUCAAAAUUGCAACAUAUUUGCUUACCUACCUGCAUCAAUCCUUUUCUCAUUAUCCAAAAUGAAUAGAAUCUCUAUCUGGGUAGCCUUGAUUUUGUUCUCUCUCCUCCUCCACACAACGAAAUCCAACAUGGUAGAAAUCAGAAACUCAUUGAUGAUUUUUUACAGAAAACUCUCAAACAACAGUAGGCCAUCUGAUAGUAUUUUAGGUUGGAAUAUGACCUCUGAUCCUUGCAAGGAUUCAUGGUUUGGUGUAUAUUGUGAUGAGCAGGCUCUUUCUGUGAAGAAAAUCGACCUUGGUGGCUUAGGUUUUACCGGAACUUUCGAUGCUAGCACUAUUUGCAAUGUUCAAUCUAUUGCCACAUCUCUUACUAUUCUUGGUCUCAGUAACAACAGUCUUGGUGGAGAGAACCUUGAUCAGAUUGCAAGUUGCAGACAACUCACCCAUCUCAAUUUAGGUGGGAACAGGUUCUCAGGUAGCCUUCCCGAUUCUCUUUCCAUGCUAAAUAAUCUGAUUGGACUCGACAUAUGGCAGAAUAACUUCUCUGGUAAUUUGCCUGAUUUGGCUUGGAUAUCUGGUUUGCAAGAAUUUCGUGCUCAGCAUAAUCAGCUCACCGGUCCUAUACCAAAAUUUGAUUUUCAGAACUUCAUGUACUUCAAUAUUUCCUUCAACAAUUUCACCGGUCAUAUUCCAUUUGGCGGCAAGGGUUUACCUGUAAGCAGUUUCAUCAUGAACCCUGAAUUAUGUGGACCUCCACUGCCAAAACAAUGCCCAUCAGCAUCAUUAACCUCACCAGACUCCGAUCAACAGCCAAAGAAGAAAUCCAAGAAAAUCUCAACAGAUAUAGGUAUAAUGUUUGUAGGUUACUUACUCAUAGGGUUGGCUUUGUUCGUUAUAAUCGUUGUCAAGCUGUGUAAGAGAGGCAAGACAAAAGAAGAGAGGUCUGCUGAUUCAGUCAACAAGGUAGCAUCAGUUGAUGAUAGUUUCUACGAUCCAAGAACUGCAUCAGGUGAGAAUAAAGCAGGUAUGAACAAAUCAGGAAUUUCAGCUGAAAGUGGGAUGGUUUCAUCGUCGCUGGUAAUUCUCACGAGUCCAGAGGUGAACGGAUUGAAAUUCGAUGAUUUGCUCAAGGCUCCAGCUGAGUUGAUUGGGAGAGGAAGGCACGGUACUGUCUACAAGGUUGUUGGCGAGCAAGGGAUGCCUCUGGCUGUCAAGAGGAUUAGGGAUUGGAUGAUUUCGAGCAACGAGUUCAAGCAGAGGAUGCAGAGGUUGGGCCAAGUGAAGCAUCCAAAUGUAUUGUCAGCUGUUGCCUUCUAUUGUUCCCCAAAAGAGAAGCUUUUGGUAUAUCAAUAUCAAGAGAAUGGAAGUCUAUUCAGGCUUCUCCAUGUAAUCAUAUGGCCCUGCAUUUAUCUACAUAUGGAUUUCAGGAACACAAAUGGGCCAAGUCCUUGACUGGAGUGGCAGACUUGGUGUUGCAGCUACCAUAGCCGAGGCCUUAGCUUUUAUGCAUCAAGAGCUUCGCGAAGACGGGAUUGCUCACGGAAACCUGAAGUCCUCAAACAUUCUGCUAACCCGAAACAUGGAACCAUGCAUUAGUGAGUA